ACCAUUUCUCGCAUUGUUGUGCCUCCACGCACACUCUCUCUCUCACUCUCUCUCUGGUCAUUUCUAUCAAAUCGUCUGAAUCUCUGCCGUCUCACACAAACCCUAACCUCGAACACACCCGCACCUCAGAAUGGCGUUGUCAGACUCUCGCCACUCUGUCAUUCCAAACUUCCUUUACUCUUCUUCGUUAUCAUCCAAAAAACUCAUCGAUUUGGACAAUUUGAUGACUAAUCGAAACACUACCUCGCCGUCCAUUUCAUCAUCACCACCACCACCGAAGAGCAGCUUCGUGAUUCCAGCUCCGAGCGAGACCGGUAAGGUCGCCAUGUACUCUAAGGAAUACUAUGCGGCGUGUACGGUCGGUGGUAUCUUAAGCUGUGGUCUCACUCACACGGCUGUCACCCCUCUUGAUCUCGUCAAGUGCAACAUGCAGAUUGACCCUGCAAAGUACAAGAGCAUUUCUUCUGGUUUUGGUGUUUUGCUCAAGGAGCAGGGAUUUAAAGGCUUCUUCAGGGGAUGGGUGCCAACCUUGAUUGGUUAUAGCGCACAGGGUGCUUGCAAGUUUGGAUUCUAUGAAUUCUUCAAGAAGUACUACUCUGACAUUGCUGGUCCAGAAUAUGCAGCAAAAUACAAAACUUUGAUUUACCUUGCUGGCUCUGCAUCUGCUGAAGUAAUUGCUGAUGUUGCCCUCUGCCCCUUUGAAGCAGUGAAGGUUCGUGUCCAAACUCAGCCUGGGUUUGCCAGAGGUUUGUCAGAUGGCCUUCCAAAGUUCGUCAAGUCUGAGGGCGUUCUUGGGCUUUACAAAGGGAUUGUUCCGCUUUGGGGACGACAGAUUCCAUAUACAAUGAUGAAGUUUGCGUCUUUUGAGACUAUUGUGGAACUCCUUUACAAGUAUGCCAUCCCAACCCCAAAAGACCAGUGCAGCAAAUCUUUGCAGCUUGGGGUCAGCUUUGCUGGUGGAUACGUCGCUGGUGUAUUCUGUGCUAUUGUAUCACAUCCUGCUGAUAACCUGGUCUCUUUUCUUAACAAUGCCCAGGGGGCAACUGUUGGUGACGCUGUCAAGAAGCUAGGUUUGUGGGGCUUGUUUACUCGUGGCCUUCCUCUUCGUAUAGUCAUGAUUGGAACCCUUACUGGCGCGCAAUGGGGUAUUUACGAUGCGUUCAAAGUUUUUGUUGGACUGCCAACUACUGGUGGUGUUGCUCCUCCUGCUGCUGAUGUGCCUGCAAAGAGUUAGGACCAAUGUUUAACGAAUGCUUCUCUCUUGCAAGACUUUGAGACGGAGGCUCCUCUUUUGACGAAUCAAUAAUAUUAGGAUUGCAGAUACGGGCUGGGUAGUAAUUGAUGGUGGUAGGAAUCAUACUAUAUUCAAGACAUUUGUAUUAGUUUGUGUUCCUAUUUUGGCGGUUAUAUCUGAUUUUGCAGGGGAUGGUUUUAACUUCAUCCUCCAUAUCAAAUAUGAAAUUGAAGUUGAUGGGGAUGAUAUUGGUUCAUGGUUUCCCCACCUGGUGGAAUUUACAUUUCAUUGGGAUUAGGUUAUUUUGUAGUCUGCCUUGGACCUUAAAUGUUAACAGUUUGUUUCUAUGCCACCUAUGAGUUCAGGGUCUACUUUGAUUUGCUUUUUAA